CACUGAGGGAGGAGAGAGGAGCAGAUGAGAUGGAGAGUUAUCCUAGCAGCACACUGACCACUCACCCUCUAUCUGCAGAUGCACAGGCCAUCAUGGCUGCACUGAGGGCCCAGUAUGCAGGCAGAGUAGAAAAGAUCCAGUGCAUGGACUCAUUCAACGGCAGACCCAUGCAGCCUCAAAGCAAGUACUACAAAACUGCAGAGCUACCCCCACAGACCAAUAUGCAUUAUCUGGGCUCUCAUUCUCAGAGGGAGAGAGCAGUAAGAUCUGCCCAGUCUACCCUUAUAGAGAAUCCCAGCUCAUACCCUAAGCCACAGUGGACAAUACUUCACAAAGAGAAAGAGAGAGGAUUUUUCUCUCACUCACCUAAAACAGAGCACCACGGUCAGUUUGGCAUUCAACUGUUCCAGUCUGGGGAUAACACGUUUAGUCAGUGGGGAGAAGAUGAAGCAAGCGAUUGGAGACUGAUAGACCAUGGGGAUGAUGACAGUUUGUUAGCAUUAAAUGCUGGCAAUGUCACAGUACCAGGGAGCCCGGAGCCUUGCUCCAGGAAAGGCUGCACUAGCUGGGGAAAUCAAAAUGCCGGACCAGAUGUAGCAUUUCCCCAGACACUGAGUGAGAUCUCCGGUAGGAAGGGAAAGGUUCAACAGCUGUGCCCUAGUGAAGGUACAGCCAGUGCAGAUAGAAUUCCCACUGUCAUGCAAUGGAGCAUUGGUCAUCUGCAAACACCCACACUAACCUGUUCCAAGCAGUUUGAAGAAGACGACCAUGGGCAGGGGAGUGAAAUUGAGAAGGGAAACAGAGGAGGGUCUGAAGCAAUGGACUUUUUUGAGGAAAGACUAGCAGAAGUUGAAGGGGUGAUUGCUAUGUUGGCGCAAGAGGAGAAUAAUCAGCAGGGUUUAGCAAAGGUUCAGUUUAAUGGAUUUUUGUCUGAGGGCCUAGAUAAAGGCGACUUUUCUAUGCCUUACACAAAUUGGAGAAAUAUUCAGAAGGCAUCCAAUGACGGUAGCACAGAGAAAGAGCACAGGGUGCCGCCUGUUGUGACAGGAGUGCAUCACAACCACCAGGUCCUCUCACAGGUGACUACAGGGAGUUAUAAUACAGAGAGUCUGACCAAAAUUGUCCUUCCACACAAGCGACCAGGAAAAUGGGAGCCUCCACGACCAGCACAGGGACACUCCAGAGUUACUCUGUCCCAGGAGCUAUGUCCUAAACAGAUAACCAGCAUUCCAAAACUCUCAAGCUCCUCUUCAUCUUCUGAAGUGCAAGUUUGUCACCAGACAGAGCAAAGUGAGAGUACAAGACAGCCUAUAAACUCAGCGAAUUAUGCUCAGUCUAGGGAAAAGAGGCCAGUGGAGAGUGCAGCCCCUCAGAGAGAAUGGAAGAAACAAGAACACAGCACAAAGAUUCACUCCAACAUCCCUAAGCCUUCCAAACAGAGGUGCUUUGCCUCAGAACUGAAAGACCAGUUAAACCUGGAUAGAAACACGGAAGUGGAUGUGACCUCAACUUCAUCCAAAGUUACCCUAGCCUUGACCUCUGACCCUCGAAUAUGUGAUGCCAGCCAUCUCUCACAAGAAGUGAGGAUGUGUGUAUUGGAGGAGGCCAGGAGAGCAAGGGCACUAGUAGCUACGAUGGUAUAUCUGGACGGAACAACACAGUUGGACCCUGAGCAGAAGUCUACCCCUGCUGUGUGUGGGUUUCUGGUUCUCCUCAAGAAGAGUCUGGACUCAGAGAACCUGGAGGAGAGUGGAACUGCUGAGGAGAAACUCCUGUUUCUGAGACUGGAGCAUCGGCCUGUAUGGGCCCAACAAGACCAACAACACAACCAGGAUCUGUUCACCAAAGAGAUGCUUCUGCAGAUGGUGUGUGGAGCUCAGAGUUUAGUGUGUUACAAAGCCAAAGACCUGCUUCGGAUGGCACUCACACACUUCAGCGGGAAUCUGAGCUGGAAGCAAGUGAGCAGUUGCCAGGUGUUGGAUCCUCAGACAGCUGCCUGGUUACUGGAUCCUGCUGAUUCUGCCUCUUGCUUCCAGGACCUUCUCAACAAACACUGCUCACACCCGGCCACAUACACUCCACAACCUGCAUUCAAAAAGGUAACCCAUAUUAUCUCCAGUCUGUCUCAUCUACACAUGUUAAUGGUAGAGCUUCAAAACAAAUUGCAGAUGCAAGGCCUGUGGCAGCUGUACUUCUGCAUGGAAAUGAAGAUGAUUCCAUUGUUAUCAGCUAUGGAGAGCCACAAGAUCUAUGUGGAUAAAAAGGCCUUAAAGAAGACUUCAGAGAUACUGGGGACUAAGAUGAAAGAAUUGGAGCAGGAGGCUCAUCAGGCUGCAGGUCAGCAGUUCCGGGUGUCCAGCAGUGCUCAACUUCGACAGGUGCUGUUUGAGAAGUUGCAUCUGCAUGAACGCUGUGAGAAUAAAAACCUGCCCAAAACUGUGCUCAAGCAGCAGUCCACUUCAGAAGCUGUGCUUUUACAGCUCCAGGGUCUGCACCCCUUGCCCAAAAUCAUUCUGGAAUACAGACAGGUGCACAAGAUCAAGUCUACUUUUGUAGAUGGGAUUCUGUCUUGUAUGACUAAGGCAUUCAUAUCUUCCACAUGGAAUCAGACGAGUGCAGUAACUGGCAGACUGUCUGCCAAACAUCCAAAUUUUCAGGCUCUUCCUAAGCAGCCAGUACAAAUCACCAAGAAGCAAUUUAUUCAAGAGAAGGAAGCGGAGCUGGUAACUGUCCACCCACGUGCCAUGUUCAUACCACGAGAGGGCUGUGCCUUCCUUUCAGCAGAUUUCUGUCAGGUGGAGCUACGUCUAUUGGCUCAUCUAUCGUCUGACCCUGAGCUCUUGAAAAUCUUCCAAAAUCCUGAAGCAGACGUCUUCACCAUGCUGGCCUCUCAAUGGAAGGGUAUACAUGAAGACAGAGUAAGUUCAGAGGAUAGGGAGCAUGCCAAACGCAUUGUCUACUCAGUCAUCUAUGGAGCUGGGAAGGCGCGUCUAUCUGGUAUAUUGGGUGUGAGUGCUGAAGAGGCCAGUAGAUUUCAGGACAGCUUCCUCCAGACCUACAGAGAGGUGCAGGGCUUCAUUCAACACACUGUGCAGCACUGCCACAAAUAUGGUUAUGUAAAGUCCAUAAUGGGGCGACGACGUGCCCUUCCUCACAUCCAUUCAGCGGACUGGGGCACCCGUAACCAAGCAGAGAGACAGGCAGUCAAUUUUGUAGUACAAGGUUCUGCAGCAGACCUCUGUAAGAUGGCCAUGAUACAGAUCUGCUCACGUGUGUCCUCAUCCACAACUCUCACUGCCAGGCUGAUUGCUCAGAUUCACGAUGAGCUGCUUUUUGAGGUGGAUGACUCGCAGGUAGAGGACUUUGCUGUUCUAGUGAAGGAAACAAUGGAGUCCCUACAGUACAUUGACUGUCUUGGAGUCAGUCUUACUGUGCCUCUGAAGGUCUCUGUGUCUAAAGGACAGUCUUGGGGCUCCAUGUGUGAACUGAACUUCCCCCAUGCUGCUACACAUACCUCCCAUUGAUUCCCUUAGCGUCCCUGCCAAAUCCACAUAUGUGUCAUUUGUUUUGGUCUCUCUGUCUCUCCCUGCCCCUUCACCUUUCCUCUGUUCCUCUGUCCAUCUCUUUCUCUUUCUCUUUUUCUCUUGCUCUGAGCUGCAACCCAUCACCAUGGUAACUGGACCGCAGCAGCUCUCUCAUUUCUCGCUUGCUGUAUCCAUUGGCAACCGUAGGAGCAUAGACAGGAUCACACCAGUUCCUAUCAUCUUAUUCUUCUACUUUGAUUUUUUAAGCUCUAUACACCCACCAGUGCUGUUGCACUUUAUCUAUUGUUUCCACCUAUAUAUUCUUCCUACCUCUUUUUUGCCAAGGGCAUACCUGCCUCAUUUCAAAAAUGUAUUUAAUUUUUAUGUUUUUUUGUUUAGAUGACAUAUUCAUCAAUCUUUUAAUGCUUUUAGACUAAUUAUUUAUUUGUUUAUUUCCUUUGCUAGUCAGUGUAGACAGUUUUAGCAGUGGUGAUAUUUAUAAAUAUUAAUAUUUGUAGCUAGAGGAUGUUGGUUCCUGCACAUGGCUUCAGAAGCAGAUACAGUUAGGGGAAAUAAUGCUCUUCCAGCUGUAGCAUGUCCUCUGUGACUGGUGCUUUCUGAGCUGCUCUGUUAUCACUAUGGAACCACUAUGAUGCACUAGUGGUACUGUUGUGUAAUUCGAAAGACCUGUUACAUUGGCUAAAGUUAAAAUGAAAUUUAAAGUUAAUUUUGUUAAACUGUUUUACAGCUGCUUAUAAAUCUUAACCCACUAA